AGGUUCGAAUCCUGCCGACUACGAGUUGCCUUUUUCACUGUGUAAUAUUUAGUAUGCGUUUUGUAAAUUUUUUUUUAGAGAGUCAUAAGCAAAUAUACAAAUUAACCUUAAUUCCACAGAAUUACAGCGCGUUAUUAUUAACAGCUUCGCCAGUCAAUCCAUCAACAGUUUGCUUGCUAGCUAAGUUGAAUGCUAACUCAGAGGAAAAACUGAGUCAGUCCCGUGACUUAGCCACAAGCUAGUCACUUCUACCGCCUGGGUAAUAGCUGCCUGUAUACGUUCCUGUCACAAGAUUUAUUCAAAGGGCGUGAAGGAAAUGAUAAUGACGCUUUUUUAAUAAAUUUGAAACAUUCACCAGUAACGUUACACCGUUCAGUAAUGCCAGAUGGACUUGUUACGAGCAGGCCUCUGCAGAAUGAGGCUACAGGUAUUGACCUGCAGGUUCCGCUGUAUCAGGAGGUGCGGGGUCCCAUGAUGACGGGCCACGUGGAGUACCAGAUUGUGGUGAUCACCCGCCUCGCACCCUUCAAAUCUGCUAAACACAAACCAGGAGAUGUUGUCCAGCUUGUGGUGUCAAAGAAGUACAGUGAAAUCGAUGAGUUUUACUCCAGCUUGACUGCUCAGUAUCCCAGCAUCCAUCUGCCUGCCAUGCCCCGCAAAGCGCUCUUUGUGGGAGAAACAGACAUCCGCGAACGGCGAGUAGCCUUCGAUGAGCUUGUCCGCUUUAUUUCCAAACAUCCGACUCUCUCUACCUGUCCAGAGCUAAUGGAAUUCUUAGGAGCAAAAGGGGCACUUCAUGAUGUGAAAGCCUCCAAUACCCCUGACGUAGCGGAGGACGAAAAUGAAGACGAUGGGUUGGAUUUCUUCGGAAAAGAUGAGGCACCUACCACUCAGCCUGAGCGAGUGAAUAAGCCAGUGAAAGUAGAAAAGGCACCUGAGGAGAAGGAAGAAGAGGAAGAGGAAUUGUUUGACCCCUUAGGCAGUGUUAGGUCUAAGAAGCCUAAGCCUGCCAAGCCAGCACCAAAACCUGCAGCUAAACCCAAACUCUCUCUGUUUGAUGAGGAGGAUGAUCCAGACAAGGAGCUUUUUCAGCCUGCGGUAAAGAGCAGUGAUGUGAAAUUGUUUGAGGACCCGGAUUUAGGUGGAACUGUUUCUCUUGGAGACUCUUUGCUGCUCCCUAAUGCCUACCGGAAGAGUGAAUCCUCUGCUAUCACUAAACUGGAUGAAGAUGUGGAUGAUCUCUUUAGGGUGGAGGAGGAUUUGGACAAACUUCUAGCGAUCAGUAAACCAGUGCAACCAAAGCCAGCUGUUGCUCCGAAACCAGCAGUGAAAGCCAAGCCAGUAAUUCCACAGAAGCCCUCCUCUGUGGCACAGUCUGGCCGAGCGCCUCCUCAGCCUGCCGUGGUCCAGGCAAUGGAUCAGCACGACAUCCUAAAGUAUAUCCAACAGAACGAGGCUGCAGCCAAUGAGGACCUGGACCUUUUUUAGCUUUGUUGUUCAGGGAUAAGCCAGGUAAAACAUUUCAGCAUAAUGACACUAAAUCAUUCUUCUGCUAAUCUUCAUCUCAGUUUAGACACUAUCACAAGGACAGGAGUUUUUUCCUGACAAGUUGUUGCCUUCGGACUAAAUUUGGUGCUCUUUUGUAAAUUUUUUUCACCUUAUUCACCUCAGAUCAGAGGUCUUCAGAGUUUCCAGCUAACCGUGACCUUCAAACCAAACAGCUGAUUAUCAUGCUGAAAUGAGCCCCGUAUUUUGCACAUUGAUCCUAAUUACACAGUGCACUAAUGCAGUAAUGUGCAGUUUUAAUGAACUUCAGUAUCAUAAUGACUAUAGCAUUGUUUUUUGCAUGUAAUGACAUCCUACCAUUAAUCAAUUUAUAAUAUAUAAUUCAUAAUAUAAAUUGGCUAAGAGUAAGAUGUCAUUAUAUGCCAUCCUGUGUUAUUAUUACAUUAGAUUGUAGGGACUCACAAUGAAGGAAAGAACCUUAAUAAAAAUUCCUUUGACAAUAUGCAAUUAUUUUGACAACAUGGCACUUAUUUUGAUAAUGUACAUUUGUACACUGGUGAGCUGAUUUGAUUUUGAUGUUGGAAAUUAUGGUAAUCUUUCCAAUAAGAAUGAUAUUAUUAUUAUUAUUAUUAUUAUUAUUAUCAUCAUCAUCAUCAUCAUCAUUAUUAUUGUUAUUAUUAUUGCAAAUUUGUUUAAUGGCAUAUAGAUAACACUUUACAUUUUUUGAUUUGUGUAGCUGUAAAGUAAUUUUUAUACCUAAAAAAUGUUUAUA